UAUAGAUUGGUGAAAGCUGGUCACGAUGUACACUUCUUGGAGACGUCAUCUGAGGAGGAUUCAUUCCAGUUUCCGAAAGGAAUAACGAAUCAUUUCAUGCAUAUACCGACACGUGUUCCAAAAGAUUUGAGUGAGAUGUGGAAAGGGUUCAGUGAACCAGAGGUGCUUGUUGAGCUGUUCUCGAUUGGUGAUGAGGCGGUUCAUUCGGUGAUGAAAAAUGCUUCCGAACAGAUCAAAGAAGUCAUGAGCACCGAAUGGGACGUUGUAUUCUCAGACGAUCUAUUCGCAAUGGGAGGCUUUGGGAUGGCGCUGAGAAAUUCAAGGAUCAACCGUAAACCGUACAUAAUGUACAGUACGACCAUUAUGCUGCAACUAUACGGUUGGGAACAGGCACUGUGUGAGGAAAAUAACUUCAAUUUGAUUCCAGUCUUAUGGAAGUUUCUCUUGAAACUUUCGCUCCUUAUAUGGCUCAAUAUCUGA